GUGUAUGUGGUCAUGGAGCUUUGUCCAAAUGGAGAUCUCAAAGAUUUUAUUGCUUCCAAAGGGACUUUAGAGGAAGGCCUCAGCUGCACUAAACAGCUGUGUCUAGCUAUUCAAUAUCUUCAUGGCAUCAAUAUUGCCCACAGAGACAUAAAAUGUGACAACCUUCUGCUGGACACCAACUAUAACCUCAAACUGUGUGACUUUUCCAUCAGCAAGAGGCUGGCUUAUACCAACGGCAAGUUGGUGCUGAGUAGUGACUUCUGUGGUACUCCAAACUAUCAAGCACCAGAAAUCUUAAAACAUCGUCCAUACAACCCUAAGCUUAAUGAUGUAUGGAGUAUGGGCAUUGUGUUGUAUGAGAUGCUCUUUGGAUCGCUUCCUUUCAAAAACAGAAACCGAGAAGAAUUUGUGCGACUUCAAAUGAAGCGAAGAAUUACCUUCCCAACCACUUCAUCUGUUUCAACACAAGCAAAAGAGCUGAUCCACAGCAUUCUGCAGCCUGUGCCAGAAAACCGGAUCACAGUCAAUGGAUUGUUGGAGAGUCCAUGGUUGUUGCAGGGGACCAUGGGAGAAAUAGAUAAAGCUGGACCAUCUGGAACAAAAACAACAACAAAGUCUAGUCAGAAGACACAGCUAGACAACAAGCUCCAAAAAGCUUCAAAAAGCUGCUCAACUGCACAGCCGGGACCGUCUGCUGCCAAAUAA